UCGACGACCACCACCAGCGCCGCCUGUGCUCUUCACGACCACCACCAGCGCCGGUCUCUCUCGUCACGCUGCUCCUCCACCCACCGCACAGGCCCUUUGGUUUACCGGCUACCGCCAGCUCUCGCUCUUCGUAGGAACCGAAAGAAGCUCAACAUAAAUUUAUCUCUCUAACAUCUCUAUACAAACAUCAAUCGCUGCGCAGUGGUCAUGGUGUCGAAUCCAGUCAAAGGAUUGUACAUUUCAUGCGACAUUCCGAUGACGCAGUUCAUAAUCAACAUGAACGCAUCACUGCCUCAGUCGCAGAAGUUCAUAAUCCAUGUAUUGGAUAACACUCAUCUGUUUGUUCGAUCGGAUAUGGGUGGUAUGAUAAAGAGUGCCAUUGCAACUUUCAGAGAGGCUAACACUUACGAAAAGCCGUCUUGAAUCUUGUUUUCCUAUCGAUGGUUGUACGGGCAUAUUUUAUAAUGUACCAAGUUUGUGUGGUUUUUUAGGGUUAUCCUCUAUAGAUGUUUUAGAUCUUAAACUGGUUUCAAAUUUGUCAUAUACACUUGUUAAGGUACAAGAUUGUGCUCUUUGUUCGGUCAGAAUCGAGUAAUUGUUGC